GGCGGGCCUCCGCAGCCCGGGCUCGGGCUUCCUGUUCAGAGUCGGUGUGGUCACCGCGCCCGGGAGGAGGUUCCAGGGCCGCAUCUCGGGUGGCUGCGCCAAGCCGGGCUGUGCGCCGCCAUGGCCUCAGUGCAGCGGCAGAACCACCAGCUGACCCCUCCGGGCGGCGGCGACAGCGGCUCAGCGUCUGCCCCGGCUCCUCCCUGGCCGGGAGCCGCGGCGGCGGCGGCGGCGGCUAGCCCUGGAUACCGGCUUAGCACGCUCAUCGAAUUUCUACUGCACCGGGCCUACUCGGAGCUCUUGAUGCUGACGGACUUACUACCAAGGAAAUCUGAUGUGGAAAGGAAAAUAGAAAUUGUACAGUUUGCUAGCCGGACACGUCAACUCUUCGUUCGAGUAUUAGCGUUAGUAAAAUGGGCUAAUGAUGCUGGCAAAGUCGAAAAGUGUGCGAUGAUCUCAAGCUUUUUAGAUCAGCAAGCUAUCUUGUUUGUGGACACCGCUGAUCGCUUGGCCUUCUUAGCAAGAGACGCACUGGUCCACGCACGCCUGCCUAAUUUUGCUAUCCCGUAUGCCAUUGAUGUGCUGACUACUGGCUCUUAUCCUCGGCUUCCAACCUGCAUCAGGGAUAAAAUUAUUCCUCCAGACCCAAUUACCAAAAUUGAGAAACAAGCCACACUUCAUCGGCUCAAUCAGAUUCUUAGACAUAGGCUUGCAACAACAGAUCUUCCUCCACUAGCAAAUCUUACAGUGGCAAAUGGCCGUGUGAAGUUUCGAGUUGAAGGAGAAUUUGAAGCAACUUUGACGGUAAUGGGUGAUGAUCCAGAAGUUCCAUGGCGCCUUCUCAAGCUAGAAAUUCUAGUUGAGGAUAAGGAAACAGGAGAUGGCCGACCUUUGGUUCAUAGCAUGCAAAUCGACUUUAUUCAUCGGUUGGUGCAGUCUCGGCUCUUUGCUGGUGAGAAACCUCUUCUGGACAUGUACAACUGCCUACAUUGUUUCUGCUUAUCACUUCAAUUAGAAGUGUUACAUUCCCAGACUCUGAUGUUAAUUCGAGAGAGGUGGGGUAACUUUGUCCAGGUGGAAAGGUAUCAUGCGGGGCAGUGCCUCUGUCUCUCAGUUUGGAAUCAACAGGUACUAGGGAGAAAAACAGACUCAGGAUCUGUUCACAGAGUUACAAUUAAAAUCGAUGAGAAUGAUGUCUCCAAGCCUUUACAGAUUUUUCAUGAUCCUCCUUUUCCAGCUUCUGAUCCUAAAUUAGUGGGAAGAGCUGUGAAGAUGGACCACUUAUCAAUAGAAAAGCUCCUGAUUGACAGUGUGCACUGGAGAGCCCAUCAGAAGCUGCAGGAACUGAAGGCCAUUCCCUGAAGCUUCAAUGCUAAAACUGGGGGCACUGAGCCUGAACCAGUCAAGUGUCAGAUGUCCCAACAGAGCUGACUUCAUUUUAGGAGCUAACCUUCUCUGCAUACCAGAAACCUCUGCUGGCCACUCUUAGACUUGCAGCCUGUGGGCCAUGCAGGUUGUCCUGUACUCCAGAGACUCCCCAGUUUAUACACCCUGGAUUGGCCAUGCUCAAGCCAAGGGGUGUCUCUUGAAUGCAUUGGGGAGUCAAGAAAGCAGACACUGGCAUCUAUACUGGAGGACUGUGGUGUCUCAGUGCUUUGAAUACUGCAUUAAGCACCCUUCAGGAGGGCAGAGGCUGCAGAAGUUGAGAGAACUCUGCUGGACCUGAGCUUCAGAGUUUUCAGUCCCACCAGCAGAGAACCUUGCAACAGACGGAUGGCGACAGAGGUUGGGCUGCCUGCUGACCUUGGGCUCAGGGCCUGUAAGACUGCAUCUAUCAUCUGAUGAAUGGGGUCUGUUAUCACCAUCGACGACCAGACCUUUCAACGCCCAAGCUGCAUGAACUCAGCGUGUCCAUAUCUGGCUCUCCUGAUACUCACCUCACAACUGCCCUCCACUGCAGUCUGCUACCCAGAGGCUGUGGCAUGCUGGCCCUUUGACUUGCGAUGGUUCCAGAAUAGUCUGUGCCUUCAAUAGUAGACCUCCUCUCAAAAUGGCACCCAGUCACAGCCCUUCAAAGACCUGAGUGAGAAAAAUGGACCUCAUCUCCACUGCUGGCUCAUCACGUAGGUGGAGUCAUUCUCUUACCAAAUCCCCAGCUGAGAGUGCAGUCCUCUGCUGGGUGGGUAGAACUGCCAAUCACUUUAUCAGGGCUUCCUGGAUCAACUUGGGAUGAGGCAUCUAUGAUGGGUCUUAUCCACCAGGGAGUCCUAACAUUUUUAAGUAUAGGGGAAGGGAAGCUUAGCAAAAAUGCGAAGUGGGCCUUAGGAAGUAAAGUUAGGCAGUCCAGAACUGUGUGAAUGUUUGGCUAAAUGGUUAAAUUGAUUAAAUGUUGUUUUUUUUUUCUA